AUGCGGAGCCGGAAUAACCUCUACCUCACCUACAAGAAAGAUACCAGUCUCCUCUUGUACUGGGUCAUCAACACGAGCAACGGAAUCGUCAAAUCUGGAAAGCAGGCAGAAGAUGGCUCCGUGCACCUUAACACCACAGGGCGCACGACAGUCGCCGAGAUCGUCAACAUGGCCAGACUGAUCGCCAAACAUCUUGACCCAAUCCCUUCCCCAGUCUUCAGGCUUUUCAAAGCGAUUAUCAAAGCCCGCUCGGCCACUCACGCGGCGUUUCAGCAGAUCGUCACCCACAAGCCGGACCCAGAGAUCGAGAGGGCCAACGAAACUCACAAGCACUUCAUUGACGCACUGACAGAAGCCUUCGAAGCUCUGGGAGGUGCCUCAUGGGAACCAACUGACGCUUCUGCGAUGGAGGGGAAGGCGCGCGAUGAUGUCGAUUUUCAGAACCAAUUCUCGGCAUUGAGUCUCGGAAAUGCUGGUGGCACUGAAGGCGAGAACGAAGACGAUGACGGUUCAGAAGCAAGCAGCGCGCAGACGACGCAAACGAGAAUACGGAAGCAGCCGAGGCCCGGGAAAGGCAAGCAUGGCAAGCGUGGCAAGAAGGCGAAGUCGAAGGGAGCGACUUCAAUUCCCACUGAGGCAGCCAUGGCCGACAUUCCUGUUGAGAGCUACCGUAUCAUCGAAGACGGAGGCGGACUUGUCACUGACUACCUGAUGGCUGUUUACGCAGUCGUUGGCGAGUGGAUGGAUCUCAGACUCUAUACCCAAGAUCUAUGGCGUGAGGUAGCAUACGACGGCCUCAACAGUGCUGUCGCUGCUGCACUGACUAACAUAGCCAUCUCUAUGGUCAAGCGAACCUGCAUUGCCGUCUUCGCGGAGUUUCCAGGCCACGAGUCGUAUGAUACCAUCAUCAACACGAUGACACGCGGCGAUUUAGAAAAAGCUCAAACGCAAUUUGGGAUGAGCUUGUAUCGAGUUUUGCAGUGCGGUCACCAGACUGACAGGGUCAAAGAAACCUUCCUCGAUGUCAAGGAACAGUUCUGGGUGCACGCCUACAAUGACCUUGUCGAUUUCAUCACUGACUUCCGCAAGAAUCGUGGCAAGCCGACAAAGGCCAUGCAGGCCCAGCUCGACACCUGGACUCCAACAAUGGAGCUUCAACGCGUUACCAACGAGGAUCGUGUCAGAUGGCGCCGUCUAUACACUAUCUCAUGGCUCUACGACUUGGUCAACGUGUUCUCUUCCAUCGUUGUUCAGCGGAAUACCAUGAAGGGCGAGCAUCACAUCUAUGAGAACGUCGAUUGGUCAAAUACCGGCCCCUGGCAUCAAACUCGUAGGCUUUUCGGACUCAGCGAGUUUGCUGGCGACAUCACGACACUAGCGAUGCAGAAACAGGGCACCGAUAUCAAGGGCAAGAUCCUGCCCCAUCAUGUUUUCCAGCUCCAAUGCAUUGUCGAUUCUUUCGCUGCGUCGCGGGGAUGGACUGUCAAUCCGCUCCGAGGCCAUAUCCUUGCUGGACCAUCUCGUAGGUUCCGACCUCGACGCGAUGUCGAUCUAUUUCUCGACCGCGAAAACGAGAGGCUAGGCCACGGAGUACUGCAGUCGAUUGAUGUGCUCAAGCAACUCAUGGAGAAAGAUUGCGACAGCCAAUGUGAGUCCUCCCAGCACUCUGACAGUUGUGAGCUGCUCGAAUUGCUUAAGCUGGACUUUGUGGAUUGGUUGGGAGAGUCCAGAUACAUGUAUGGUCUCAAGACGAUUCCGCCUUCUUCGUUUUCAAAGCACAAUUCAAACGGCCUUUGGGAGUAUUCUCCGUUACUUUGCGCCGCCGGCUUGGUCGAAGGCAUCGUCAUAGUUCAACGAAUCGUGAUGCAGCUUUGGGACAACAUGCCCGAGCCCACCCUCGCCAUUCACUUGCACAACAUGCUUGUCGAGCAGAGCUAUCUGGAAAGUCCCACUGGCCUGUACGCUACUAUCGUGGCUCUUCAUCAAGACCAGUUCUUCCCCGACGGCAUUCCCACCGAAAACUUCUCUGGCGCGCUUUCCGCUCGAGUGAAUCAGGGUCACGCCGACCGAGCUUCGCUACGCCGCCGCACCCAGGCACUCGCUCGCGACCCAACCAAAGACAUCCAUGACAUAUUAGACGUCAAGCUCAACCGUUUCUUCACGGGCAAAUCGGACCUUAUGAUGUAUUACGACGCCGGGUGGGCGCCGGAAAGGGUUCCGGACGCAGAUGUCAGGCUCAAGUCGAUUUUGUACAUGAUGCGCGUAAUGAGCACAGAACGCAUGAUCGAUCCCGAGACUGGCGAGCGGCGGCUCAAGGAGACGGAGCUCGUCAAGCGCGCCAGCAGAGACAGAGAUCGAAAACACGCCUCGAUGCUGCAAGAUGUUGCAUCAGGGUCAAUACUUGAAGCACAGAGGCACGCCGCGGCCACUGACGUCGAUGACGACGCUGCAUUCACUGAGGCAGCCAUGCGUCAGAUUCCGGCGCUGAAUGAGUACAAGCUGCCACCUCCAGGCCGUGAUCCGUACAACUUGCACCAAGAGCAAAAGAAGAAGAGACCGGUGGCGGAUGCCCAAGGCCGCGAUCUGCUCACCCUGCUGCGCCCUGAUCUGUUCGCCGACGUUUGCGGUAACAAUCCAGUCUCCAGCGUCAACUAUGUCUGGGUGACUUGCAUCAUCAUCAUGCUUUUCGUGAAAAUCGAGGACCAUUUCAGCAAAGCCAGGCAUCCACUGUGGGUAGAGACGUACGAAAGGUCAUCGCGCUCACGCCCGCAGUGGCUCAAGCGCGUCGACCUGGUUGUAAAGGCUAUGGCAAGUGAGAAUGAGGACGCGAUGAGACUUUUUGCGAAAGCGUUCGAGGAGAUGAGGGGCGGCAUCCUCGCUUGUGUGUACUGGGAGGAUUUGAAGGUAGGCGAGUCGGGUCUAAAGGAGGACUCGACGAGCGAAGAUGGCAGUGACGGCAUCCCUGGUCCAGACCAGUGCACGCUCAUGUAG